GGAGCGCGGGGCCCCGGGGGCGCGGCGGGGACGAAGCUCCGGCGCGUUCCCCGCCCACCCGCGGCUCCGUGGCAGCGCCGUCUCCGCGUCCUUCGCCGUCGGCCCCGCGGAGCGGUGAACGCGGGCUCGUGUGAACGAGGCGCGGGUACACUUGACCUCGUCGUCGUUAUCGAGCGCGGCCCGCUCUGCCUUCGGCGCCCGCGUCUGCCGGGGCCGUGCGGGUCUGCGGGGGCGUCGCCGCUGCCCGGCCUCCUCGUGCUGGUCCGGGAAGGGUCUCUCCCGGCUCCCGGGGAAUUCCGUGGCUGCCGCCUGGUCGGGCCGGUGCUCGCUGCCGCCCACUCGGGAGGAGCAGAGCGAGAGGCAGCAGCCGUGGUCAGAGAGCGGUACAGCUAUAGGUGGAGUAAAUGAAGAACAAAAGGCUGUGACCUAGUGGCAUGUUUUCUCCAGAAUAAUACAGAAGGAUGCAUCCUCUGUUUGAGUUGCUCUUUUACUACUGAGAGAAGAAGAAUGCUUUUGUGGCCAGGGGCUCAGGAUAUUAGAAUCAGGUCUGAUGUCAUCAUUUGCGGAAAUGAAUAAAACGAAGGACACUAUUCUGCUGGCCCACGCCGAUUUGGUGGCACUCAGCGGCACAUGCAGAGUGUUCUCAGAGACUCUGUAGAGAGCUCCGAUGAUGAAUUCUUUGAUGCGCGAGAAGAGAUGGUGGAAGGAAAAAAUGCUAUCCUCAUAGGCAUGAGCCAGUGGAAUUCAAAUGACCUUGUUGAGCAGAUAGAAACAAUUGGGAAGCUUGAAGAAAAUCAAGGUGAAUUAUAUAGAACCUCUUUAAGAAAACAAAGGUUCCCUGCACAAGGCAGUAUUGAAAUACAUGAGGACAAUGAGGAAGGAGUUCAACAUCAGAACUGCAAAACUCACGUGUUAAUUUUGAUCCUACAUGGGGGGAACAUAUUAGACACUGGAAGUGGAGACCACAGCAGCAAGCUGGCAGACAUCAACACCUUCAGUUCUGUGUUUGAGAAAGUGACUCGAGCCCAUUUCCCUGCCUCUUUGGGCCACAUCUUAAUGAGACUUGUUCCCUGCCCAGCAAUUUGUUCAGCAGCUUUCUCUCUUGUUUCCAGCCUAAAUCCCUACAGCUAUGAUGAGAGCUGUCUCAGCAGCAGUGAAGACCACAUCCCACUGGCUGCCUUGCCUUUGCUGGCUGUUUCAUCUCCUCAGUACCAGGAUGCUGUUGCCAUGGUGAUCAGUAGAGCCAAUCAAGUUUAUAAUGAGUUUCUCAAAUCUACUGAUGGGGCUGGUUUUAAUGGACAGGUGUGUCUUAUAGGUGACUGCAUUGGAGGAAUUUUGGGCUUUGAUGCCAUCUGCUAUAAUUCUAAUACAGCUUACGAGAGUCGGAACAGUAGCAGGAGAGGAAGCAUCAGCAGCAUCCAGGAUAAUCCACUCCUGGCAGAGGACUCUGGUCUGGGUGACAGCAAACAGCUGAGCAAAAGCAAUAUUGACAUCUCGGGAAUCCUGGAGGAUGAGAAGCAAAGGCCACCGCUGCCUCGGAAGCAGAGUGACUCAUCCACUUACGAGUGUGACACCAUAACCCAGCAUCAUGCAUUCCUGUCCAGCAUCCACUCAAGUGUGUUGAAAGAUGGUGCAGACCUUCCUCCUGUGGAUUCCAGUCUCUCAGAAGUAAAUCUGGGCCGAUUCGAAUUUGAGGUGUCUGAUUUCUUCCUUUUUGGGUCACCGCUUGGUUUGGUGCUGGCCAUGAGGAGCACUGUUCUGCCUGGUCUGGAUGUAUGCCAGGUCCGACCAGCCUGCAGCCAAGUUUACAGCUUCUUUCACUCUGCUGACCCCUCUGCCUGCAGACUUGAACCACUGUUGGAGAAAAGAUUCCAUCUUCUUCCUCCAUUCAGUGUCCCACGGUACCAGAGAUACCCACUAGGGGAUGGAAGAUCUCACCAGUUAGGUGAUGCUCUUCACAACCACAGUGGUCUGUUCCUUGAGAAUAGCUCUUUGAACAUACCGUUCUCUCAGGAGAGUCCUGGAUCUCCAAAUGCAUCUGAUCACCCACAAGGGAAAACAAGAAAGCUGAGCUUGGCCAGCACAAACAGUGAAAACUCGGGGUCAACUGAAAGCUUGCCAUCAGCAUGCCUCACCAACAUUACUGCAAAGUGGUGGGGAACAAAACGAAUAGAUUAUGCCUUGUAUUGUCCAGAUGUGCUGACAGCCUUUCCAACAGUGGCCCUGCCACAUCUCUUUCAUGCCAGCUACUGGGAAUCAACAGAUGUUGUGGCCUUCAUCUUAAGACAGGUGAUGAGGUAUGAAAAUGUAAAUUUCAAAGAAAAUGACAACCUGGAUCCAGAAACACUAAGUCCAUCCAAUCCACGAGAAAAAUGGCUACGCAAGAGGACACAUGUCAAAUUGAGGAAUGUGACUGCUAAUCACCGAGCUAAUGAUGUCAUUGCAGCAGAAGAUGGUCCUCAGGUACUGGUUGGGCGCUUCAUGUAUGGACCUCUGGACAUGGUGGCUUUAACAGGUGAAAAGGUGGAUAUCUUCAUAAUGACUGAGCCAUCUUCGGGCAGGUGGGUGUAUUUUGACACAGAGAUAUCCAACAGCAGUGGACGAAUAUCCUACAAUAUACCUGAACAGAAGAGACUGAGAGUUGGUGUGUAUCCCAUCAAAAUGGUGGUCAGAGGGGACCAGAGCAGUGCAGCAAGUUACCUGACUGUACUGCCCCGAGGGAUGGAAUGUGUUGUGUUCAGCAUUGAUGGUUCCUUUGCAGCAAGUGUUUCAAUUAUGGGAAGUGACCCCAAAGUCCGAGCGGGGGCCGUUGAUGUUGUCAGGCAUUGGCAGGACCUGGGAUAUCUGAUUAUCUAUAUCACCGGCCGUCCAGAUAUGCAGAAACAGCGUGUAGUUUCGUGGUUGUCCCAACACAAUUUCCCACAAGGGAUGAUCUUCUUCUCAGAUGGACUUGUUCACGACCCACUGCGACAAAAGACUAUUUUUCUCCGGAAUCUCAUGCAAGAGUGCCACAUCAAAAUCUGUGCCGCAUACGGUUCCAUGAAGGAUAUUUCUGUGUACAGUGUCUUGGCUCUGUCACCAUCCCAGAUCUACAUAGUUGGACGAUCCACAAAGAAAUACCAGGCACAGUGCCAAUUCCUCAGUGAAGGUUAUGCAGCCCACUUGGCCUCGCUGGAGUUCAGCCUCCAUUCACGACCCAAAAAGAACAACUCUCGGAUGAUCUUGAGGAAAGGCAGCUUUGGCCUCCACUCACAGCCUGAGUUUUUGCGCAAGAGAAAUCACCUCCGCAGGACUAUGUCUGUGCAGCAGCCCGACCCACCUUCUCUAAACCCCAAGCCAGAGCGUGCUCAGAGCCAGCCUGAAUCCGACAAAGAUCAUGACAGGCAUUUGCCUUCCAUUGCUUGGGUUCGAGGUGGAGUUCACAAAUUUGAAUCUAUUCCCUAGGAGGAUUGGGACUGUAGAUCUUGGAUGCACCCCAUCAAACUUUUAGGCAUGCCUGAAAGGUAGUAUUUAGGCAGCUCUAAAUUAAGAGAAGUGGACAGGAAUAUGUACCUUGGAGUCUUCCCUGUUCUGAAAUCUGCCUUCGUACACCAACUGGGGCACUUCCAGUCUCUUCCUCUUACCAUGUUUAUUGGGGAAGUUUAAAACAAUCUAAAACUAUCACAAGUUUAUCAUCAUAGCAACAGGUUAUUUUUGGGAACAGAUAAAAUGUGUGCAAUAAGAGGAAAAGAUAUUGAUUUUACUCAGAAGGAUUGUGGUAUCAGCUAAUUAGCUGCACCCAACACAGCAUCAAGGGUAGGUCCUGUAGGUUACUGAGGAGGUUUACACUUUAAACAUUAAGUAGUCUGUUUCCACUUCACUUUUCAAUGAAAGUGAUAAAGGGAGGCAGCAGUGGGAGCUACAGUAACGGGUGGUUAGGACUUCUACAACAAGAUAUGCUUCCUGGGUGCCUUAAACCCCAGGUUUCCUUUCAGCCUACAGUGCUGGUCAGCAGACUCCAACAUGGGCACUCAUGUUUG